UUAUAUUGUAAAAAUAGUAAAUGUUUCGCUCCUCAACGGUGAGGUCGCCCUUCUCUACUCGUAACACAAGGAGAAAACGAAGUAGAGAAGCGGAGAGAGAGAGGAGAGAAAGAAAGAGAAAGAAGGAGAAAAAGAAGAGAAAGAGAGAAGUGAAAUGAAACUAAACGAGUACUAAGUUACCCCCGCUUUUCUUUAAAUCUUAGUGCGCAGCGCGUCGACCAUCACGGAACGCCACUGUACCUCCCUCUAUCCCUUCUUACGUCGAACUGUCAAAUCCGUGGAACCUUGUUUGUAUACGAAAUUUUUAUCGAGCCUUUGGGGUUCACAUCGCGUCCCGAAGAACACGACAGAUCGAACGAACGAGACAAACAUAAAUCAGAUUUUAACAUCCAACAUAUAAUUGAAUUGAGAAUGAGCCGCAUAAUGGAUGAGAAAGAAGAGUUAGUAAAAAAAGCUUUAUUUAGCUUUGUGAGGAAACAAGUACCUACUGCACAGCUAAGUUUAAUUGAUGACAUUGUACUCAGCUAUGUAGUAAGCAUGGUAGAAGAAAAUGCUAUGGAGGAAGAGUUAGAUGUAGAUGGUCUAUGCGAAAUGGUUUCUGCUUGUCUUCCUGAAUUUUCAACAAUUGAAAAAGAAGCUGUAUCAAAAUGGUUAGUUGAUGUUGAGAGUAAACUACGUCAGGGAAGUAAGGAAAAUGAAAACUGCCAACCUCAUGAUCCAUUGAGUCAUAUUAGCUUGGCAGCUCUUUUACCACCUGGUACUCAGAGAAUGCGAGUUCAUCAUCUCUCAGAAACAAGUGAUGCGGGUAGUGAUUCCAGCGGAGAAUAUUUCUCUGAGGAAUCAUCUUGGCAUCAAGUCGCACUUCUACAAGAAAUGUUUCCAGCAGCAAGCCCAGCUGAAGCUCGACAUUGUUUAGCAGUUGCUGGAGGUGACAUAGCCAAAGCAGCACAAUUAGCUUUACAUCGUCAAGAAGCUGGUCAAAGUAUUGUUAGUAAUCUCACAUUUUUAACGCCCAAUGGUCGAAAUAAAGCCAGAGUAAAUGACGAGGAAUUGAAGUCACGUAUCAUCGCCCGGUAUAGUUACGUCGACAGGGAUGAUGAUUCUCGUGAGCAUCGUCCGGUUGCGCCUAAAACAGAACCAAAGAAGUUAGUGCGCUAUCUCGACAAUAAAAUCGUAAGUGUAAAAGGUGAACGUUAUACUGAAGUGCGAAGAGGAGGCGAAGAUGAGGAAGGCAACGAAGGCGGUAGAAAACGAGGUCAUUGCCGUCCGUAACCAGUCCCUCUGCCUCCACCACCUGACCCACCCCCUUGGAGGCAUCUGAUUUCUAAUUAAGCCUUCGACUUAGAUUUCUCCCAUCUCGCUUAUGUAGUGAUAUGCGUGGUAUGUAUUGGAAGUAUUGGAUUUUAACAAAUAUCCUGGUGACGUCUCUCUCUAAUUGAUAUUAUUAUAUUUUUUAAAAUAUUUGAGAUGGUAUAUUCUUUUUCUUGACACUGUAUCACAUGUUAUGAGAAAUGAACAAAUAUGUAGUACAAAAUAAGUUUAUGCUCGAAUAAUAUUAUGUAUGUACUUAUAAACAAAUAUCUGCGAAAUUGUUGAAAUCCAAUACUUAGUAUAUGGAUACAAAUUAUGAUAUUUUUUUGAUCGAGCGUACAAUGGCCAUGAAAAAAAUACUUGUAUCCAUUAUUUGGAUAUAUGGUUGUACAGUUAGUGAAAAAUAUUCUAUUGCAGGUAAAGUGAUUGAUGAUUAGAAAAGACUUAUAAGAAAAAAAGAUUUAUCAUAGUAUAAUAUGAUAUAAACUUAAUCUAGCAAAUGACGAAAUUUUUUGACUCGCAACUAAUGAAUAUAUAAUAACAUGUUUUAUGGAGACGAGUUAACCAUGCAUUUUCAAAAUAUUAAUUAACAAUUAUAGGUUCCUAUACAAGCAACAUUUACAUAUUGAUUUAUGUAAAAAUUAAGAUAUUUUUUGACAAAAAACAUAAUUUUCUUAUGAUUGCAUUAUUUAAAAAUAAGCUUCAACCAAGUGAGCUGGCUAUUGUAAACUCGGCUUUAGCCCAUUUAUUCCUACAAUAAUCUGUCAACGACCUUGUUUGACAUUUUACAUUUGUGCAUACCCUCAUUUUUAUUGCUUUUUGUGCCGCAUAUUAUUUAUUAAAUAUGUAAGAAACAUUUUGUUUCUUACUACAUUUCUAUCAACACGUAUCUUCUUGCAUUUUUAGUUCAUCUAUAAAAUAUAUCGAAAAACCUCCGAUAAUACGAGAGUAUAUAGUUUCUAAGUGUGAUUAGUUGCUUCAAAACUAAAUACAUAGACACAUACAUAAAAAGUUUCUCUUACUGCAUGUUCAUAGUGCAGAGAAACUUAUGCAUUAAAUUAUUCCUAUGAUGAUGUUUGCCAAAUAGUGGCAGAAUGACAUAUAAAAAACGAAUUUCUGAUAAUUGCACUCUUGAUAAAAUAAAAUAUAAAAAAAUAAAAUUUUUUUUGGCACAUCUAUUCAAAGAUUAACGAGUAACAGCUAUUGUACUGUUAUAAAACUAGAACUUGUAUGAAGCAUUUUAGUAAAAUGUAAACCAUUAAUAUAAAUAAGAUUAUAAAGAAAGUCAUUGUCCGUUAAAUAAUCAAAAAUCGUCAGCCAAGAAUAAAAAUGAUAUAAAAGUAAAAGGCAUAAUCUUUUAAGAGUAUCAACAGCAUAAAGUCUUCUUUAUUCGGUUAUAGGUAAUGAAUGUACGUAUGAAAAUGUUUGGUAUUAUAAAUUAAUAUAAAGUUGUAGAUUUCGAAUAAUAAAUUUUAGUAUACGUCUUAGGUAGGCAAAAACAUAUAUACUACAUAUUUAGGCGGGAUAAAAUUUGCUUACCACGCCAUAUGAUUUACCAGUAUUACUAUUGUUAUUGCUAUCAUUGCUACCUUUAAAAAAUAGUAUACACAUAACUACCAGUUUUUCGUGUCAAGUAAUAUGUAAUCUAUGAUAGAAAACUUGAUUAAACAGUUUGUAAUCUUUUCAUGCUGUUAAUGGUGACAUGUACUCCACAAUACUAUGUUUAUAUUGCACAUAUUGACAGCAAACUGAUAGAAAUAUAAAAUUGUCAUCUGCUUCAUUCUUGCUGUCAAUUUACGAAAAGAUAAAUUUUGUAUUUCUAUAGUUUUUUCAUUGUGUAUAAAAUGAUAGCAUUAAUCAGCUUUUUAACUUUGAUUGUAAUACAAUUGCAAUGUGUACACAUUUUAUGUGUAUAUAUUUACUUUUAUUCUGAAGUAUGUUUAAUCUUAGUAAAUAAGCAAUAAUAUAUAUUUUCUGCUAACAAAGUAUCGUUUAGCUGAUGUUUUCUUAUAUAGCUUGUAUAAUUAAUAUAUAAUAUUAAUACAAGAUAUAAAUUAUAUGGUAAAAUAAAAUCAGCAUGCACGUGUAGUUGAAUAUAUUUUAAAGUAUAUUACUUUUGAGUUCUAUAUAGAAAGAUAGAAUUACUUUUUUUUUUUUAUUUCUUUGCAAGGUUUUACAUACUUCAUGAAAACGAUUAUGGAAUAUAUCAUACAUGUCUCAUAACGGGCCAACCCUUGCCAUAGAUAAUUAUAAAUUAUAUAUAUAUAUAUAAAUAUAUAUAUAUAAUAUAUUACUAUAUUAAUAAUUAUAAUCUCUGCAAACAUGUUCGCUGUAAACUAAAUGUAUUCUACUACCUGUGAAUUUAAAAAUGAAUGCUGCUACUCUAAUAUUUCAAAAAGUAUGCAUAUUAAGUGAUUAUAAUAUAUAUAUAUAUAUAUAUAUAUAUAUAUAUAUAUAUAUAUAUAUAUAUAUAUAUAUUAAAAAUAUUAAGAAAUAUAAAUAGAAUAAACAAUAGAAAUAAAGUAGAGUACUUUAGUUUCCUGCGAUAUUUCUGUAGAUCUCAGCUUCAUACAAUAUAUGCAUUUUGGACAGUGAUUUCUAGAUUACAGUACUACAUUGUAGAAUAUAGAAAUUUCGUUUUUAAUGUUUAUUUCUAAUUAUGUUGUAACUAUUAUCUAUAUUGUUAUCCUUUAUCAAUCACAUUGUCAUGGCUCAGUUUUGUUUUAUUAUCGAUUCAAUAAAUUCGAUGAUUCCAUAGAAUUUCAAUAAAUUUUAUAAAUCCAAUUAAUUAACAAAUAAAGAAGCAAUGUUGCAUAUAUUAAUGACAUUAAAGAAAACAACAAGAUUGAUGCCAAGUGCUUAAUUAAAUAAGAUGUUAUAUCCCGUUAACAACAUAUAGUAACUUCGGGGCCUUAUGAGAUGGUUCAAAGGAUCGAAUUGAUAUCAAUAUUUUACUUUUCAAUUGAAACAAGUGUUACACGAACUCGUUAUUAAUGUAAAAAAGAUGUGUCUGACGUUGCUUUUUCUUUCGUAAUUUUCUCUCGAUAUGAUAACCCACCAAACAAAUUAACGUACUUAUAAAAAUUUAUGACAUACAUUUAUAUGUUUAUCAUACAUUUUUUCCUAUAGAAAAAAUAAUUAUUAAGUCACCAUUUUAUAGACGACUGAUAUAACAUAUAUAUUUAUUUUUACUUUUAUUAGACAUUUAAUACUUACACCAUUGUUUGAAUUGUCAUUAUAUAUUUGAAUACAAGGAUAAAGUGCACUAUUUUAUUGUAUAUUAGUGAAGAAAAAAACUAUUCUUUUUUUUGAAGCGCAAACGUUUCAAUUUUUUCUUUUUGGAAACUGGCUCGCAGCAUUGCUGUAAGACCUUAUUGUAUAAAGUAUCUUGUAACUAAUGUACUCACACAUACUAUGCUUCGUACAUUCAAAAAAUACGUAUACAUCAAUACAACAAUACAAUGUCUAAGUGGUUUCUAAUAACUCAGACAUUCAAAGACCUCA